AUGUUGGUUAAAUGGGCCAUUGAACUUGGUGAAUUUGAUAUCCACUACAAACCCUGCCCAAAUACAAAGGGCCAAGCUGUUGCUGACUUCAUAUCAGAAUUCACGGAACCCCAGGCUUCGACUGCUACCAAGAUCAUAACCAAACCCAAUCUUCCUUUGGGCCAGCUCCACGUCGCCAACAAUGGCAACCUCGACCUGACCCAGCCCUUAUGGACCUUUUAUGUGGAUGGCUCAUCCAAUGCCCAGGGAUGUGGGGCCAGCCUUGUUCUCAUCUCCCCAGACAAGGUUGUCCUUGAGUACAACCUCUGCUUCAAAUUCCACGCCUCCAACAAUGAGGCUGAAUACGAAGCACUCUUAGCUGGCCUUCGGCUAGCAAAGGAGAUAGGCGCCAAGCAAAUUUAG